AUGUCCCCCAAAAUUCUCAUAACAGGCGGCACAGGCUACAUCGGCGGCUCCGUGCUGCACACGCUCGCGACCGCACACCCGGAAUGGUCCAUCACUGCGCUCCUGCGCACCGAGCCCUCGGACUUCUCGUCGAAGUACCCGGGCGUCAGGGUCGUGAGGGGGACGUAUGAUGAUGCCGACGUUCUUGCCCGGGAGGCGGCGGGUGCGGAUGUCGUUGUUCACAACGGCAAUUCAGACCACCUGCCCUCCCUCCAAGCCCUCCUCGCAGGGCUUCUACGACAACCGCGGGAAAAGCCAGGCGUCCUGAUACACCUCUCCGGCACGGGCAUCGUAUCUGACUUCCUCUCUGCGACUCACCUCGGCAUUUCGAACCCAAAGAUAUGGUCGGAUAUCUCGUCUCUCGACGAGAUCCGCUCGCUGCCUGACAUGGCGCUGCACCGUCUUACUGAGAAAUUGCUGCACGAGACUGCGAAGACGGAGGGAGAGGGAGAGGGGAAAAUUAGGAUUGCGGUGAUGUGUCCGCCGGAUAUAUAUGGGAGGGGGUUGGGGCCCGGGAAGACGAAGAGUGCGUUUGUGCCUAUGUUUCUAAGGGAGGUGGGGAAGUUGGGGAGGGUGUUCUAUGUUGGUGAGGGGGAGAACAGGAGGAGUUGGGUGCAUGUGAAUGACUUGAUGAGCGUUUAUCUGAGGCUCGUUGAGGAGGGCGUUAAGGAGGGGGGUGGGGUCGCUGGAUGGAAUGAGGAGGGCUACUAUUUCGCGGGUUCACAAGAGGUCUCUCACAUGGAGGUUGCCAGAACUAUGGGUGAGAUCCUGAAGCGGCAUGGUAUGAUUGAAAACGAAGAGCCGAUUCCCAUCUCUCUGGAGCAAUUGGAUGGGAUGAUUGAGCGGCACCCUAUGCUUGGUCGGUACUUGUUCGCUUCCAACUCGAGAACAAAGGCGGAGCGGGCGAAGAUAUUGUUAGACUACAAUCCUCAAGCGGCGUCGCUAUUGGAAAGCAUCGAGGACGACAUUUUGGCGGAGAUCAAGAAGGAUUGA